UGUAUGCAAGUCAUAAGUAUGACUAUCAGUUUCAUAUGUAUAGUAACAGGUAUAUGUAUGCAAGUCAUUAGUAUGACUAUCAGUUUCAUAUGUAUGGUAACAGGUAUAUGUAUGCAAGUCAUAAGUAUGACUAUCAGUUUCAUAUGUAUAGUAACAGGUAUAUGUAUGCAAGUCAUUAGUAUGACUAUCAGUUUCAUAUGUAUGGUAACAGGUAUAUGUAUGCAAGUCAUAAGUAUGACUAUCAGUUUCAUAUGUAUAGUAACAGGUAUAUGUAUGCAAGUCAUUAGUAUGACUAUCAGUUUCAUAUGUAUGGUAACAGGUAUAUGUAUGCAAGUCAUAAGUAUGACUAUCAGUUUCAUAUGUAUAGUAACAGGUAUAUGUAUGCAAGUCAUUAGUAUGACUAUCAGUUUCAUAUGUAUAGUAACAGGUAUAUGUAUGCAAGUCAUUAGUAUGACUAUCAGUUUCAUAUGUAUGGUAACAGGUAUAUGUAUGCAAGUCAUUAGUAUGACUAUCAGUUUCAUAUGUAUAGUAACAGGUAUAUGUAUGCAAGUCAUUAGUAUGACUAUCAGUUUUAUAUGUAUGGUAACAGGUAUAUGUAUGCAAGUCAUUAGUAUGACUAUCAGUUUCAUAUGUAUGGUAACAGGUAUAUGUAUGCAAGUCAUUAGUAUGACUAUCAGUUUCAUAUGUAUAGUAACAGGUAUAUGUAUGCAAGUCAUUAGUAUGACUAUCAGUUUCAUAUGUAUAGUAACAGGUAUAUGUAUGCAAGUCAUAAGUAUGACUAUCAGUUUCAUAUGUAUAGUAACAGGUAUAUGUAUGCAAGUCAUAAGUAUGACUAUCAGUUUCAUAUGUAUGGUAACAGGUAUAUGUAUGCAAGUCAUUAGUAUGACUAUCAGUUUCAUAUGUAUGGUAACAGGUAUAUGUAUGCAAGUCAUUAGUAUGACUAUCAGUUUCAUAUGUAUGGUAACAGGUAUAUGUAUGCAAGUCAUAAGUAUGACUAUCAGUUUCAUAUGUAUAGUAACAGGUAUAUGUAUGCAAGUCAUUAGUAUGACUAUCAGUUUCAUAUGUAUAGUAACAGGUAUAUGUAUGCAAGUCAUUAGUAUGACUAUCAGUUUCAUAUGUAUAGUAACAGGUAUAUGUAUGCAAGUCAUUAGUAUGACUAUCAGUUUCAUAUGUAUAGUAACAGGUAUAUGUAUGCAAGUCAUUAGUAUGACUAUCAGUUUUAUAUGUAUGGUAACAGGUAUAUGUAUGCAAGUCAUUAGUAUGACUAUCAGUUUCAUAUGUAUGGUAACAGGUAUAUGUAUGCAAGUCAUAAGUAUGACUAUCAGUUUCAUAUGUAUAGUAACAGGUAUAUGUAUGCAAGUCAUUAGUAUGACUAUCAGUUUCAUAUGUAUGGUAACAGGUAUAUGUAUGCAAGUCAUUAGUAUGACUAUCAGUUUCAUAUGUAUGGUAACAGGUAUAUGUAUGCAAGUCAUUAGUAUGACUAUCAGUUUCAUAUGUAUAGUAACAGGUAUAUGUAUGCAAGUCAUUAGUAUGACUAUCAGUUUCAUAUGUAUAGUAACAGGUAUAUGUAUGCAAGUCAUUAGUAUGACUAUCAGUUUCAUGAUAAAAACCAUGGAUGAGAUAAGUUAUUAAAAGAAUUGUAAUUAUGCAUCCAUUUAUAUUUCCUUUGUAAUUGAUAUUUUUAAAUUUAAUUCUAAAAACAAUAAUGUUGUGGUUAUUUGGAAUUGAAGUAUAAAUUUGUUGAAUUGUUGUUGGCAAUAAUUAAACAUGUAUCACAAAUCAGUAACAAUUUGCAUUGUUAUUGACAUAUUUUAGACUAAAUGGUAUUGAGAAUUCAAAAUGUAAUAGUCUUUAAUAUUUAAGUAUACUUCUCGAAGUGUACAUUAUUAAUUGAUACUUUUUAGAACUGUCUAUUUAGUCAGUUGAUGGAAAUAGGCUAUACCCAUCAAAGGUGGGGAGAAUGUUCAGUAGAGAACUAGAAUUUAUGGGGUUAAAUGUUACCUUAAUCUAUUGAAAAAGGUGCAGUAAAAAUCGAGCAUGAUAGCAUUAGUGAAAUCGAAAACGUGUUUUGCCAUCCAAAAAUUACAAUAAGUAAAGUAUAUAUUUGUUUUUUAGGACAAUUAAAAGUUUAAAUCGAUCACCCAUGUCAUUUUUAGACAGUGGCAAACAGAGAUUCUCGUCAGCAUUCAAAUGAAGAGCGUCAUAAACUUGUUUAACUCUUUCAGUGCUGGAACCACAUUUUGAAGGCCUCGCAAACAGUUUGGAUCCAGAUAAGACACAACAGAAUGUGGCGUCUCAUCAGGAUCCAAACUGUUUGCUAUUCUGAUAGUAUUCUUUGAAAAAAAAUCUAAAAAAAUGCUAAUUUUAGAAAUUCAGCAGACAACAUUUUAGCAGACAACAAAUUUCCCAGCAUGCAAAGGGUUAACUUAUUACUAUUGUUAAAUCCUGAACAAACAGUAAAUCACUGUUAUAAUUGUUAUAUCGCUGUUAUAACUGUAUGCAUUUAAGAAAAUAUUUUCCAAAAGCUUAUGUGUCCAAAAAUUCUUGUUCAAGUUAUUCCAGAAAUUUUAAAUUAACAAAUUGUGUCAUUUUAUUUAGUUUCUUCUGUUUUCUGGUACUUGCGCUGGUUAUUACAAUCCUAUUGUGUCUAGUCAUAACAAUGAACACAUAUUUUUUUAUUUCUUUAUUAUUUUAUUGCUGUUUCCUAUACAUUUAGUCAUAAUAUUACAAUUGUAUACAUGUAUCAUGUAUAUAGCAGUGCAUGAAGAAAAAUAUAUUAACACACAAUCUUUAGUUGUCUAAUCUAUGAACAUU